AUGCCAGUCCACACACCCUCCCAUUACCACAAAUCCAGAAGAGGGCCAUUCGAAAAUCCUUGGCCGCCAGUGUUGACGAUGAUGGCCAGCGCAAUGGCGCUGAUGAAGCUUCCGUUUGAACGAGCCACUCCAUACGAACACGACCUCGAGUAUGUCAAGACCGUCAAGACAGUGAAGCCAAACUUCGGGGCUUUGGAUGACACGGAGAAACUCUGUGCUAUGUGGCUGGGGCAUGCUGGUUAUCUUGUCCAGCUACCCGCUGAAGCAAGUCAUCGUCCCAUACGCAUCUUGUUCGAUCCAAUGUUCUCUGAACGCGCCUUUCCAUCUGCUUGGGUCGGACCCAAGAGGCGGUUGGAAGCGCCAUGCCGGGUGGACGAGCUUCCAGAGAUAGACUUUGUCGCUGUGAGUCACAACCAUUAUGAUCAUUGCGACCUGGACGCGCUCAGGGCAUUGUCAAACAAGUCGCACGCAACACUUUUCCUCGUUCCUCUAGGAAUGGAAGACAAUUUACGUUCUGUUGGCAUCCCUAGUCCCCGGAUCUUCGAACUCGAUUGGUGGGAUACGCUUCUCUGCCCGUUGGAUGGCAGGAUGUGCAACUAUCGGUUUACUUGUACCCCAGCUCAACACAACAGUGGUCGAGGAAUGCUUGAUCAAAACUGGACCCUAUGGUGUGGAUGGUCGAUUCAGCAAGAACACAAGAACAAGACGUGGGCAUCUACAUAUUUUGCUGGCGACACAGGGUACCAAACACUCAAUGGACCGUGUCCAGCUUUCAAAGAAAUCGGGGAGAAACUCGGACCCUUUACCCUCGCAAUCGUUCCUAUCUGGUCCGGUGCAUCCCUCACAUUUCUCGGAAAGAUGGGUUACCGCCUCUCCGACGACAGUCACCUCGUCACUCUCCAUGCCACUCCUGAAGAUGCUGUCAAACUGGUGGCAGACGUUCGCGCAAAGAAUGCACUCGCAAUGCACUUUGGAACAUUUGCUGGGUCUGACGACGAAGCUCUCGAGCCGGCUGUGAGGCUAGCCAAAGCGAGCAGCCCUGAUCAAGUUCAUGUGCAAGUUAUUGAUGUUGGAGAGUGCAUGGCAUUCGAGCCCAAUCUUGAGUUAGAAGAAAGCAAAUGA